GUGCCAAGUUGAAGUGAAAUUAUUGUCAAUGAUUCUAUAAAAUUAUAAAGCCGGCACCUACCUCAGCCCUUAACCACGAAAAUAUACACAUAACCCUAUCCCUACAAUGCAAAGAAGCUGUCAUUGCCUCAAUUUGAGAUUAAAACAAUAAUAUCUAUUCCCAGAUCAUCUGACCUCGUCAUGAACCGUUCGGACUCCAUUCCCAUACGGCGAGAUCGCUCUUUUGAUAGCGUUCUAAAUCGCCUACUAAGGAUGCGCAGCCAGAAUCAGGAGAGUAUUCGCGCUGCGAUGUACAACUUUUUGAUUGCAGCGGGCGUGGCUGCUUUUGUCGCAGUCUGUUUUAUCCUGGGACCUUUUGUGCGUCCACUGCUCUGGGCAUUCCUCAUGGGCGCAGUCUUGUAUCCCUUCAAGCGCAAGCUGGCCGAGCUGUUAAACAACUGGUUUCAGCGGUUGGAGGACCGCGAUUCAAAUGUGCUUGUCGCCAUUUGUUUAGCUCCUUUGGAAGCCACCGAACACUGCGGACGCAUGCUCAUCAAUUGGCUCUGCCAGCAUUGGCAACUCCUCCUCGCAGGCUGCGGCGUCGCUGUUUGCAUAAAGCUGCUUGUUUUAUAUGCGCCAAAGGGAUUCCUUUUUGCACUCUGGUCUUGGUUGACCUUCUCGCAUGGAUUGUUUGUGCGCAUCAUUGGAUUUCUCAAUGUCUAUGUGCUCAUCCUUUUAAUUGUUCUCUACCUGUCUUCGGUGCACUUUUUCUGGAAACCGGAGAAUAGCUCGCAUUUCGUUAUCGCUGGCCAAACUAUGUGGAUAGCCAUUGCUGGCUAUUUGUGCAGCUUUUUGGGCGCUCUUCAAGUGCCCGUCUUUCUGCUGGUGAUGGGCUACGUUUGCGUCUCAACGGCGUAUCAUUUACAGACGAGCGAUGACCAUGACACUAGCUCCUAUAUGGAUCGUGUGUACAAAUUGUUCGACAAGAAUGCUUUUGAGAAAUCGCUGAGUAAUCUGAGCAUCUGUCGCAAAGCUGGUGGCGAUCCAAGCGGACUGCAAUCGGACGUGGAGGACAUAUCGUUGAGUGACACUCUCGGCUCAGAGGACACAUUCGAUGACAAGCCGGCCGAGGAGGCGGACGCUCAUCAGAGCGAUACCUAUUUCAAACUGUUGUUCUAUGCCUGUCUGGGCACAUUUCUGUAUCGCAACAUUUGGAUGUUCAUAUUGGCAGCGGUUCCAGUGCUGCUCCAUUUACUGUAUAAACUCGGCAGCUAUACGGGAAUUACUCAGUUUGUUUACGGCAAAAUUAACGAUGGAUAUCAGGCAUUGAGAUCUUGGGCUUUGGAACAUCAUUCGGCAGUGUUACCGCUGUGCCUCCCUGGUGUCCUCGAACUGAACUACAAGGUCAAUAGCAUUGUGCGAGAUUCGCUGAAGUCAUCUGUGGAGUCGGUCACGUCCAUUAUAAUGAUUAUACUCAUGCUGUUAAUUAUUGUGUUUCUGAGUGUUUUCUUUUGUGUCAACAUCUAUUCAGAGACAAUCGAGGUCGCGUAUUUGGGCAAAGAUCUAAUUAACAAGACAAUCACCGAUCGUCCUGAGCUAAUUGAUAUUUUGCCCGCCAAUAUACAAGCGUCCAUUGAUGAUGCGCUUGAUAAUGCGCACCAUUAUGGACGACGUAAGAUUGAGACCUACAUUGAUGAUUGGCUCGUGGAUGCGGACAAAGUGCAUGCGACCAAGCUGAAGGAGCAAAUUCUCGAUGUCUGGGACAGGCUCAUCCAGUAUUGGAUUGAUUUCAAUAAGGCGGGCACUUCAUAUGGUCCACGAGUACCCACAGAUGCCCUGAAGAGCACCUUUGGUGAAAUUGUCGAUAAUCCAGGACAUUUUAAAGAGCUAGUUUUAGUGGCAAAACAGGGCAUCAUUGGCUGGGCGCAGAGCAAUACGCAGACAAUCCUCGAAGUAGCCGAAUCCCUUUGGCACAUCAUACGCACCAAUAUCUCCGUCAUCAUGGGCGUUACAGGCGAAAUUCUCUCAUUGCUGCUGUCGGGCGGACAGGCAUGCAUUGAGUUCAUUUUGGAUAUGAUCGUGUUCUUCACCGCUUUGUUCUAUCUGCUCACGGCUAGCCAGGAGAAAUAUGCGCCGAUGCAGAUAACCAAAUAUAUGGGUUACUCUGCGUCCGGCAUCAAGGUGGCUGAUGCCUUGGAGAAUUCCAUUACGGUGGUGCUCGUCUCCAUGUUCAAGUGCUCCACAUUUACGGGCCUCUUCACAUGGCUGGUGCAUACGGUGUUCGGAGCACGCAUUGUCUUCCUGCCCUCUGCAUUGGCUGCUCUGCUCGCAGCGGCUCCCUUUUUGGGCAGCUAUUGGUGUGCGGUGCCCGCCUUCCUGGAGCUGUGGCUGGCUCAGGAUCGUUUCUAUGCGGGCCUGAUACUCUUCCUCUUACAAUUCUUUGUGCCCUCGUCCUUUGAGACGGCCAUCUAUGCGGAUCUAAAGGGUGGCGGACAUCCAUAUCUCAAUGGGCUGGCCAUCGCUGGCGGCAUGUAUUGGAUUGGUUGGCAGGGUGCCAUAUUUGGGCCACUAAUGCUCUGUUUCUUCAUUGGCCUCUUCGAAGUGGCCACCUUGGCCAUGCGCAAUAAUCAGGAGGAGCCCAGAAACCUCUGCGGCUGAAGACUAAGAGCGCAGUUCGGAUGAGGAGACGCGCACCACGUGAGUCGGAUCUGCUGCAUGCCGUUAAUGGAAUGGCUAAAAACAACAACGAAUUUCUCCUAAUACUCGAAUUGCAAAUCUAACAAUCCUAAUGGCCAAGUUACUGAGCUGAUUGUACCUACUAAUGAAUGUCACUUUAGCAAUGCUAAGCAAAUUUUUUCCAGUUUAUAUACAUAUUUUUAAAUGUUUUAAUGUUCGUUUCGUAGAUUUGUUAACUGAUUUCUGUUUUUUUUUUUUUUAAUUGUGCAAGUCAUUUAUUCCGUCUACAAAAGCUGUGUGUGUUGAAGCUUAUUGAUUUUACUAAUAUUUUAUUUGGUUUAUAUACCCUCGACAAGAUUUUAUAUCAAUUGUAUUUACUAUAAUAAUCAGGUUCUUAAGUCCGUCAGGGAAGAAUAACUAUUCCUAACUAGUCUUAAAAGUAAUUGCAUAUAAUUUGAAAUAGGAAGCAUUCUAAAAAUUGUAAAUGUUCAAGAAACGUUUAUCGAGGGUAUAUAAAUUUUUUUACUGCCUGAAGUUGGCUUUCUAGUUAUAGUAUAUUAUUGCUUAAUGUUUUUGUAAAAAGUGAUAAUGAGGAAGAGAAAGAAAAGGUGGACUUAAACCACUAAGCAGACAAUACAUAUUGGAACUUUUUCUGCUAGGUCAUAAGGGUUAUAACCUUUCGUAAACUGGCAGGUUUAACUGUUGGCCGACUGACUGGUUUAACUGCUGACCGAUCAUUGUCUCGACAUGUCAAAAUCAAUAUUUCUCGACGGACACACAAAUACGCAUACAUACAAAGCUAUGCCCGUGUAUUGUCUGCUUUAAGUAGAAAAUGCAUGCACUUAAAUUUUGUUGCAAAUAUUUGUAUGUUAAUAUGUACUAACAAAUAAAACUCUGAUUCAGAACAGAUAAUACCAAAGUUCAAA